AUGGCGAAUAUUACAACUGAGAACAAAGUUACGCUAAUUACCGUUAACUUAUGGAGAUUAGUUAAAAACUGCUCUCAUACUUACUGGGCUGAUUAUGCCGUUAUGAAACUCCGUAAAGAAAUUCAAAGACAAUUUGGAACUAAACAGGAAGUAAAAUUAGAUAUGGACUUAAAUAAGGCUAUCUGGUCAAGAGGAAGAAAGCACUUACCGACUAGAUUGAGAAUUGAAGUAUCAAGAAGGCCAAGUCUUAAGGACAACACUAAGACUGAAUUAUUCCUUAAGCAUGUUAUUGUUCCAUCAUUCAAGGGCUUACAGGCGGAGAGCAUCCAGUUACAGGAUGAAUAA